UACAUUACUGCACUGCUGCGCUGGAAUCUGAAGAUUCUGAUGUUAUAAAUGGCAAACUUUUACUCAACUCAACGUGUCGUGCCCAACAUACUUCUCACAGGAACCCCUGGCACUGGGAAGUCUACUCUUGGUCAGGAGUUGGCUCAGCAGCUUGAGUUUGUAUAUGUUAACGUUGGUGAUGUGGCCAAGGAAAAAGAGCUCUAUGAAGGCUGGGAUCAAGACUAUGAAUGUCCAAUCUUGGAUGAAGACAGGGUGAUCGAUGAACUAGAGGAAGAUAUGAAGACAGGAGGGAAAGUGGUAGAUUACCAUAGCUGUGAAUUCUUCCCAGAGCGUUGGUUUGACCUUGUUUACGUCCUUCGUACAGACAACUCUGUUCUUUUUCACAGACUCGAGCAGAGGGGUUACUCUGGACGUAAGCUUGAAGACAAUAUCCAGUGUGAAAUCUUCCAGACCAUCCUAGAAGAAGCCUCAAACUCUUACUUGCCUUCCAUCGUCAGAGAGUUGCCUAGCAACACACCCGAUGACAUGGAGGAGAACAUUAGUACCAUUGAGGAUCACAUUAGGCAGUGGAAGGCUUCAAAGAGAUGAGAUGAGAUGAGAUGCACUGGAUUUUGUUUGUAUUUCUAUAUAUAUAUGUACAGUAUAUGUACAGCUCAUGUAAAUAGUGUAUGUGCAUUCUACUUUUGUUAUGUAAUAACAUUGAAUUCUCACUAUUGCCAAUACGCCAAUAAAUGAUGUAGCCCCUUGGAUGUAUUACGAGCCACUUCCGGGACUAACAUACUUCCGGCGUGUGGCGGCAUGAACGGUACACAUAUUAUGUAUGCGCAAUGUACAUACUGACGUGUCCGAAGACUGUUUCUAAUUUUCUCGAUUUUUGUGAUGGUAGCAACAAAAACAAGAGAAGGAAUAGAUACUCCAAAUCAUAUCUACAUCUAGAUUGAAACAAUGAAAGGCCCUUCUGGAAACUUCAAGAAACUGGUGGGCUUAACUUUAGAAUACCCCACCAAAACAUUGCGAACGAACCCUUGACAUAUUCAUUUUUGAAAUAGUUUGAAAAUCGUGAUAAAUCAAUGUGAUUACUGUCUGAAAAUAAAGUAUACCGUACACAUACACACCAUGAAUGCCGACAUGCUCGGCGCAAACACAGGAAAUAGACUGGAAGCGACUCGGUCACCAAACUUUCCCAGAGUGCAUUUGAAAUGGGGCCUGAAUGUAACAUACAGGUAUUUUUAAUAUAUUGGCGAUAGCGAGAAUUACAUGUAUACUAGACUAUGAUUACCAUUGUCAUUAAUUGCAAGUACACCUGAGUAAUCGGGUACUUUCUAAUGCUACGUCGUCAUAUUAGUUACAUGGUGCUCUUAAAGGAGAAUAAAGCUGGAACAGCAAGAACAGAUAAUCUACUAAAAAAAAAUUAGCCUGUGCCAAAAAUUGUUCAAAUAUAAUAUAAUAUGUCUGAAUACUUUGCAAGAAAAAAUCUCUUGUAAAUUUUAUUUUUCCCAUACUAUGGGUGUCAUGGUCGAGAUGAUGAUAUGUCACCGAACGGUGGAUCACAAGGUCCGCCGUUCGAAACCCGCAGCGGCACAAAUGUCCUUUGGCCAGACAUUAAUCUACAUUUGCCACUCUCAACCCAGGUGAUGUAAGUGGGUACCGGGCAGGAAUUAAUUGCUUAAAAUGCUAGAGCGCCGUAAUGGCAGCCAGGGUAAUAAUAUAAUAGUGGACCACCAGAAUCGUCAAGUCUGACAGACAUUAGCCCUAUAAGAGAACCCACUCUAACUAUUAUUACCAAAGAACACCGGUGCCGUGCCGGGGCUCAAACCCACAAUGUUCACCAUCAGAGUCAAGUGGGUUACGCUGCUCUCAUAACAACAAUGAUCUGUAUAGGACACAGACAUUAUACUAUUUCAGUUUCAGUUUCAGUUUUAGUUUCUUUUCAUAUUUCACAUGUUGUAUAAUACAUUAUUACAUUUAGCAUGUUACAUUUUCCUUUUUUCCUUUUUUUAUUUAUACAAACGAAGAGGAUAAUACAUAAGACUAAGUUAAAUAAAGGAAGAAAUAUAAUGGAGCCCAAAGAAAAAGCAAUGCUUGUAUGUCGUAGGCUCCGGAAGUUAUACCAUUGAUAUAGUUUUGUGUAUAUUAAAUAAUGUAAUAGGAUUAAAUUGGAACUUAUUCUAAGGAAUAGGUAAACAUUACAAUGAUUAGUAGAGAGAGGGUGGAAACACUUUACAGGGUAGCUAUCAUAAUCACAGAGCCAUCCAUGAUCAGAGAUGGAUUGGCUCUGGGGAGUUUGGGGAAUUUUAACCCCCAGGCUGCUCAAUAUUUUGGCUUGAGGGCCUGAAAAUACUGUUUGGCAAAGCACAUACUCCUGCCAUUAUCUCUCUAGUAAUAUCAGUUUUACUAUGAACUGUUACAUGUAAUACAUCCAUCCCUCCCCCUGUUUACCGGUACUUAGGAAUCUUAUUUUAUGCUCUGUUUGUUUAAACACAGUCCUUAUGAUACCUCUGUUACAACAAAAUCUAAACCUCUCCUGGGGCACCUUUCUUUCUUUCUUUAAGUUUGCUAAAUGUACAUCAAGAACCUCAAUUAUGUUUUAAACAAUUUUAAACAAUUUGAUGUAAAAUUCAUCAAACUCAGUUGCAUUGGAGGGGCUGAAAUGCACUUUUUAUCAAAUUGAUCAGACCAUUUCAUUUGUCAUCAUGAUCCCAUAAACAAUUUUCUUCAGGAUUUUACUAUACUUGUCUGUUAUGUGUUUUUUAAUAGACAAUAGCUAUAAUUUGCAUAUUAUGCAAGCUUGAUCAUCUUCCACUACCUGGUACUUUUAUUUUCCUGAACUUUUAUAGUAUUACUGUAACAGAGGAUUUUCAGGAGGGCACUGCAGUGGAAUAACUUCAUUUGCAAUUACUUUGGGUUACCCCCUAGAAUUUGCUAUUUUCACUUGACUAUUUGUUCACCUUUUCACCCUUGGUUUUUCUUCUUUCUAGAUUACACCAUCCUUAGUAUUUCCAUGGUUACCCUUCUCCAUCAUUGACUAUAUUUGUAUACAUGUCUUUUGUAAAAACCUUUCAGAAAGAAAGAUUUGCUGUGCUGGACAAUAAAUUAAAGCCCUACUAGAA